AUGUCGGCCCCGAGAGUGACGCUAAUGGAGGCGGAGAGCAGCAAACACAUCGGAGCAGCGGACUCCGUGAGAUACUGCACCCUGCACUGCAGUGGCUACAUGCGCAGCUGGCCCAGGAGUGAUCUGGACUCUGAGUCGCCCGCCUCCCACCUGACCUGCCUGGUGACCAUGUGUCGCCUCCAAGGACACGGUGCCCACCAAGUGCCCAAAGGCGUCAAGGUCAAGCCCACCCAGUUCGUGGCUCGCUGUACGAUCGACGGCAAGUUCACUUUCAUCGAGCAACACUCAACCACUGUCAUCGGUUAUCUACCCCAAGAACUUUUGGGAACAUCAUGUUAUGAAUACUUUCACCAGGACGACUUGCAGCAGCUGGCAGAGAAACACAGGCAAGUCCUGCGCAGCAAAGAAAAGAUCGAUACCAAGUGCAAGUUCAAAACCAAAUAUGGCUCCUAUGUUUCACUCCAAAGUCAGUGGUUCAGUUUCACCAACCCCUGGACCAAAGAAGUGGAAUUCAUUGUGUCUUUAAACAGAGUCAUCUCGGGGCCAGGUCCCACCAUAGAUGAUGAAGCAGCAAGCAGCUCAAUAAGUCAUCAGGAAGAGAGCAAACACCUGCCCAUAGUCCCGGGUCUGACCAGUGGUGUGGGCAAGAUGAUCUACGCUGGCAGCAUCGGGACCCAAAUUGCAAAUGAACUGCUGGAUGCCUCCAGGGCCAACUGGUCUCUCUCCAGUGGUGUGUCCACUCCCCUUGGAGCCCCCCACAGUGGUGUGUCCAGUCCCCUUGGAGCCCCCCACAGUGGUGUGUCCAGUCCCCUUGGAGCCCCCCACAGUGGUGUGUCCAGUCCCCUUGGAGCCCCCCACAGUGCACCAGCCUCCCCACAAGCCAGCACACAUCUGUCCAGCAGAGAAGAAGAGGAAGCAGGCAGUUCCUCAGAGUCCAGACCAGACCUGGUCCCCAGCAUGUCGGACUGCACAGGUCAGUCCUCCCAGCAGGACUUGGACAGCAUGCUGGGACCCGGUCUGAGCGCCUUCAGCAGCGACGAGGCGGCCAUGGCGGUCAUCAUGAGCUUGCUGGAGACCGACGUCAACAUGGGCCAAUCAGGGGACUUGGAGGACUUACAUUGGCCUUUCUAGUCCAGUCACCUGGAGGACUUACACAGUACUUUCUAGUCCAGUCACCUGGAGGACUUACAUUGGCCUUUCUAGUCCAGUCACCUGGAGGACUUACACAGUACUUUCUAGUCCAAUCACCUGGAGGACUUACACAGUACUUUCUAGUCCAGUCACCUGGAGGACUUACAUUGGCAUUUCUAGUCCAGUCACCUGGAGGACUUACACAGUACUUUCUAGUCCAGUCACCUGGAGGACUUACAUUGGCCUUUCUAGUCCAGUCACCUGGAGGACUUACACAGUACUUUCUAGUCCAAUCACCUGGAGGACUUACACAGUACUUUCUAGUCCAGUCACCUGGAGGACUUACAUUGGCAUUUCUAGUCCAGUCACCUGGAGGACUUACACAGUACUUUCUAGUCCAGUCACCUGGAGGACUUACAUUGGCCUUUCUAGUCCAGUCACCUGGAGGACUUACACAGUACUUUCUAGUCCAGUCACCUGGAGGACUUACACAGUACUUUCUAGUCCAGUCACCUGGAGGACUUACAUUGGCCUUUCUAGUCCAGUCACCUGGAGGACUUACACAGUACUUUCUAGUCCAGUCACCUGGAGGACUUACAUUGGCCUUUCUAGUCCAGUCACCUGGAGGACUUACACAGUACUUUCUAGUCCAGUCACCUGGAGGACUUACACAGUACUUUCUAGUCCAGUCACCUGGAGGACUUACAUUGGCAUUUCUAGUCCAGUCACCUGGAGGACUUACACAGUACUUUCUAGUCCAGUCACCUGGAGGACUUACAUUGGCCUUUCUAGUCCAGUCACUUGGAGGACUUACACAGUACUUUCUAGUCCAGUCACCUGGAGGACUUACAUUGGCCUUUCUAGUCCAGUCACUUGGAGGACUUACAUUGGCCUUUCUAGUCCAGUCACCUGGAGGACUUACAUUGGCCUUUCUAGUCCAGUCACCUGGAGGACUUACAUUGGCCUUUCUAGUCCAGUCACCUGGAGGACUUACAUUGGCCUUUCUAGUCCAGUCACCUGGAGGACUUACACAGUACUUUCUAGUCCAGUCACCUGGAGGACUUACAUUGGCCUUUCUAGUCCAGUCACCUGGAGGACUUACACAGUACUUUCUAGUCCAGUCACCUGGAGGACUUACACAGUACUUUCUAGUCCAGUCACCUGGAGGACUUACAUUGGCAUUUCUAGUCCAGUCACCUGGAGGACUUACACAGUACUUUCUAGUCCAGUCACGUGGAGGACUUACACAGUACUUUCUAGUCCAGUCACGUGGAGGACUUACAUUGGCAUUUCUAGUCCAGUCACUUGGAGGACUUACAUUGGCCUUUCUAGUCCAGUCACCUGGAGGACUUACACAGUACUUUCUAGUCCAAGUCACUUGGAGGACUUACAUUGGCCUUUCUAGUCCAGUCACCUGGAGGACUUACAUUGGCCUUUCUAUUCCAGUCACUUGGAGGACUUACACAGUACUUUCUAGUCCAGUCACCUGGAGGACUUACACAGUACUUUCUAGUCCAGUCACUUGGAGGACUUACAUUGGCCUUUCUAGUCCAGUCACCUGGAGGACUUACAUUGGCCUUUCUAGCCCAGUCAUGCUCAUUUGGGGGGACUGGAGGACUCACAUAGGCCUUUCUAGUCAUGAAGUGAGGGUCAAGUCCCUAUGCACUAUGGACUGAGGCAUCAUGGGAGAAUGAAGUGUCGACCUGGGACAGUCGUCAUGAUUCAACAAUCCAUCCUUUUUCUAUCCAUCCUUUUUCUACUGCUUGUCCCUGACAGGGUGGUAGGGAAUGCUGGAGCCUAUCCCAGCUGCACAUGGGCUAGAACAGUGGUCCCCAACCACCGGGCUGCGGCUCGAUUUGGAAAAAAAUAAAUAAAAUAAAAAAAUAAUAAAAAAAUUAAAUUAUUUUUAUAUUAAAUCAACAUAAAACACAAGAUCCACUUACAAUUGUGCACCAACCCAAAACAACCUCCCUUUUUCAUGACAAAAACAAAUAAAAAUCCCCCCCGCCGGGCCGUGGGACAAAUGAUCAAGUGUUGACACAGCUACAGAAAGGUUGGGGACCACUGGCCUAGAAGGCGGGGUACACCCUGGACAAGUCAUCACAGGGCCAACACAGACAACAUUCACACUCUGGCAAGACUAAAUGGUCCCUAAUCAACCUAUCCCCAGGUUGGAGGUGGGAGGGGCCUAUCCCCAGGUGCAUGUCUUUGGAGGUGGGAGGGGCCUAUCCCCAGGUGCAUGUCUUUGGAGGUGGGAGGGGCCUAUCCCCAGGUGCAUGGAGGUGGGAGGAAGCGGGAGGGAACCCAUGCAGUCACAUGCAAACUCCACACAGAAAGAUCCAGAGCCCAGGAUGGAACCCAUGACCUUGUUAUUGUGAAGCACUAACCACUGUCCACUGUGCUGGCCCAUCAUGAUCCAAAGACAAAACUUGUAUAUUUUCUGUCCCGUCAUGAGUGUCUUACAUGCUGCUGGAUAAACUGCUAUGUUUUCUUUUCA